GCUUUCCGCGCAUGCGCCCUCACUUCCCAGGCUGCCUUUUUUUAAAAAAAGGAAGGGGUUGGGCUAAAUUUGUCAGUUUGGAAGCGGCGGGAGUCCUAGCUGUGUAGGUGCGGCCGUUGCUAUGACAACCGGUGUUUUCCGGAGCAAGAAUUGAAAGCUGUGCCAUGAGCUGUUAAUGGAAGUGGAAGAAACUUCUGCCUUUAGCGAGAGUUCUUCGGGUAGUCUCACUGCUGGUGAUGUUCUCAUCCGCUCCACCAGCUUCCACAUGAAAAAGAAAUCCCUUGAAACUCAAACAGCAGCAUUUGCUGACAGCAGGCCUGCUGCUUGCUCUAAGAGAAGGAUAUGCAUUUCAGCAAAGAAGCUUCGGGAAGUGCCUCCACCCUGUCGUCCAGGACGUGCUGCCUUAAUCGAUGAUGGCACAGCUUACAUUCCACCAGCCUUGUCGGCCAACAAACCUGCAUCUCAUAAGCCAACAGCAGUAACUUCUGAAGAUGUAAUGGAGGGUGGUGUAAGCAGGUGUACUGGUAGACAUUCAGAAGUGCUGUCACCUACAAAAGAUACAGAGCUCUCACAGUUACCUCCAAAGACUGUUUUUGCUUUUGCGUUGCUGAAGGACGACCACCGCCAUAGAUGUGAUUCAGCAGUUUCACAAUAUUCUCACUCUGAAGUUAUUACUGGCCAACUGAAAUAUGUUGAAAAGGGUUAUUCAAAUGAAGCUGUAACAUACAUUCCUUCAGAAGUAAAAGAGGAUACAAGCAAACAAAUAGCAGCUGACAUGUUUAUCUCCCAGUAUGAUACUGGACAGAAGGCGGCCGUAAGAGCUGUGUUCAAGCAGAGAAUUCAAAAUGUUCCUGUGUUUAAAGAGGUGAAGGUUCAGCUUCUUCAUAACACAUGCCUUGACAAAAAGGACAGUAGCAAGUCAACACAUAGCGAGAUGGAUUCCGUUACAACCAUUGCAGCGGCAACAGCAGCAGCCAUUGCUUCUACAGCCCCACUUCUCAAAGUCCAGAGUGACUUGGAAGCAAAAGUGAGCUCUGUUUCCGAAAUGCUGAACAAGUUACAGGAGACAGACAAGCAGCUGCAGCGUGUUGCAGAGCAGCAAGUCAAUCUGAAGGCUCAACAGCUUGAAAGGCCUCCUUGCCAGCAAAGAGUCAGUGAUCUUGAGAAACAGAGGAAUUUGUUCAUGGAGCAGCGAAUUCAGCAUCUGGAAAACUUGCAGCAGCAGCAAAUGAAUAUUCAGUCCCAUUUAAUUAGCUCGGCAUUGAAUUUGGGUGGCUUCCAAGCUGUCAACGCAGCAACUUCCAAAGCAGGGGCCAAGCAUGCCAUGAAUGCAGGGAGGCCGCCUACUGACCAAACCGCCACUCGCCAGCAGGGUUUUUCUUCUUCAAAUGCCGUGCCAGCACAAGCAUGUUCUCAUCAAUUUGAAAACUCUGGUAUUCGAAGGCAGAAAUCUCCUCUGAAGACACCAGCACCACGGAGGUAUGCUCCUGUGCCAGUAUCUAAAGAUGCUAAAAUCUCACAGAAAAUGUCAAAGAGAGAACAGCCUGUUGGAGAAAAAGAGAAUGUGCAACAGUCAACUUAUGGAGGAACUCUGGGUGGAGGGAGACUCCUGGAGCACAUCCUGAAUUCUCAAGAAACCCCAUUGAGCCAGAGAGCAUCUUCUUGGAAGGACCCAAGGACUGACAGUGUAAUGCCAUGGGGUUUUGGAAAAGAGCACAGAUCAAAUAUUCUGCAGACAGAGCCCUUUCCUGCAUUUAAAGAUCCCAAUCCAGUUGAGAGAACUGUUAAGAAAGCGGACGAUGUGCUACAUGACCUUGGACAACUGAAGAGGGAAAUGCAUGGCAUCCUGCAGGAUGCAAAGGAGUGGAAAUUGGACAUGAAUAGUUUUAUGAAGGCAACGUCUCACUUGGGAGAAGCCACCCGACUGAAGGAUCAGCUGCCUCCACAUCAGUCUGCCUGUUCGCUUAGGCCAUCGUCGGAGGCUAUUCUCCGGGUUUCUGCACCAAAUGAGCAAAAAGAUCCUGUUGCCCCAAGUCUUACUGAACUCCAGCAGCUUUCCAAGUCAUCUGUACUCCAGUCAACCAAGGUGUCGAAAUCCAUACUGAGGGAUGCUGAAAAGAUCCUCAGAGUUGUGCGCAAGAAUAAAAAGCUCCUUGAAGAAAACCUGGAAGCCAUUAUUCGUGCCAAGGAUGGCAAUGCCUUGCAUGCCUUCAUUGAUGAAUUGACUGCAGAGAGAGAUGUCCUAGAGGAGAUACGGAUCAGGAAGACUGUAGACGAAUGGAUUAAGACAAUCAGCAUGGAAAUCCAGGAUGAAAUGGCAAGAAAGGACAGCCUCAAGACCCAGCAGACCAAUAAGAUGAUGAGAGCCAGCAGAGAAACAAAUGCAAAAUUCCAGUACCCCCAGAGAAUCCCAGCUAAAAGGCACUUGCCUGCCACAAAACCCAUUCCAAAGCUAAUGGAUAAGGGGCCUCUGAAAGGAAGGAUGGGGGCACAAAAUGAAGAGUAUCUGUCUCAGGUAUACGGCAGGCCAAUUUACCAGGGUCAUAGGAGCACACUUAAGAAAUCCCCAUAUCUAAGGUUCAACUCGCCAUCUCCCAAAUCAAAGCCUCCAAGACCUAAACUGAUAGAAAGUGUUAAAGGUACAAAAGUAAAAUCGGCAAGGACGCAAACUGGUCCCUACGUACGCAGCAAAGGCACCAGUCCUAAAAAACCAUGUCCAGGAUCUGCUUCUCAUCAGGAACUCCAGUAUCUCUUCAGCCCCACCAAAGAAACCUCCAAUCUCUCAGGUCCUCUUGAAGGCCAUCUCAUUCCAAUGGCUAUUCCAUUAGGUCAAAAACAAAUCGACAGUAUCUUACCUCAGCCUGCAAGAAUAAGGACUGGCGAAUUCCAUCCUGUUACUGUGACAACUUCUGUUCCUCCUGCUCCUUCAAAACCACAGCUAAAGAUAAAGAAACCCAACAUUGCAGUAAUAGAGAUGAAAUCAGAGAAAAAAGACCCCCCCAGAUUGACUGUGCAGGUGCUGCCUAAUGUUGAUAUUGACAGUAUUUCAAGCGACACCAAAAGCGUCAGCCAGAUUUCCUUAACACCCCUUCCUUCAAAGGAGGCAAUACAGACAACUCCAGAAAGCAGUCUGCAACUUCCUGGUGCCGACUUUGUUGAUGCCACUGAUGUCAGUCAGGAUGAAGGAGAUGAUGAUAUCCCAGAAUUCUCUGAGCCAGUCCUAGAGUUCAACAGGCAAGGAGAAACUGCCUCUCCAAAAUAUAAUGGUCCUCCAUUUCCACCUGCUGCUCCUCCUGCUCAGCCCACAGCAGACAUUCUGGAUGAGAUCAUAGAGAGGCGGGAGACCCUGGAAAACAAGCUGGUUGGUUGGGUGGAACAAGAAGUAAUGGCGCGAAUCAUCGGUGGGAUGUAUCCGCCCCAGAAAGAGGCCGUGCCCAACAUAAGCGCUUCAGAGAGUGAGGACAGCCAAGGUGUGUCUUCAGACAUCGUUGAAGCAGCAGGUACCAAGGGGUUUCGGUUGUUUGUUGAUGCUGGUCUCCCGGUGGAUUCAGAAAUCAUAAGACGUUUUGUGAACGAAGCACUUGCUGAGACGGUAGCCGUCAUGCUGGGUGACCAAGAAGGCCACGAGGCAGUCUCUACUACAGUUGUUCCUCAAGCUGCAAGACUCUCGCUGGAAAAGGAAACCAUAUUAUCUACUCCACUGGCCACUCCUGAAGCCACACCGCCUCAGUCUCCACCACCUCCAAGAGAGAAAUCUCCAAUAAGAACUCCAGAGUCCUCUCCAUCUGUUACUGAAAUUGACGGAGACAUUGGUCGACAGCAACAAGCAAUGGCAGCAGGAUCCCAGGCAGCAGCUGUUAGCCCAGUUUAUACCCCGUUGGCCACCCCUGUGGUUUCACCACCAAGAGUAGCUACGCCCAGCCCUCCUGUCUCUGAGCAUGCCCCGGGCACAGGAAGGCAAGAGCCUCCAAACGCUUGGGGAGAUGUGGAGCUUCCUCUGGAAGAAGAGAAGCCCAGUCUGCAGAGUGAAGAAGGGGGCUUUCAUCCCAGAGCUGUCAUUAUGUCUGUGGCUAAACACGAAGAACCAGACACUUUGGUUUUGCCAGCUCCUCAUGAGCCAACGGAGCCCCAUGAUCCACCCCUUCAGGAGCCCAGGGUUCCAUCUCCUUCUGUGCACACACCUACUUCUGGCACUUCCACAGAGGAAAGCAGUCUGACCGCCACUGAGACUGGAGACAGGCCAAUCUCAGAAGGAGAAGUUCUCUUCAGUUAUGGACAGCUGCUGGCUGCAAAAGCUUUUGCAGAGGGAGGACUGUCUCUUCCAAAUCUCAGUGACAGUUUGAUCAGCACUCUUCAUGAUGCGCGUGAGAUGGAUUAUGAUCCUCCAAGCGAAGGGCAGGUGUUGCAGAGACCCCACAAAGGAUACCACAGAGACCCAGUCCUCUCCCUUUUUUCAGAACAGAGCCAAGUACCACUUGCUUCCGAAGAAGAGAUCUGCCAGAGAGAGAACAUGGACGACAGCGCUGGGGAACUUAGUGAGGGGCAGCGGCCGAGGCUGACAAAAGCUGCUGAAAGUAUCCUAAUGGGGCAUUCUGUUUAUGUGGACCAGCCUGCCAGCCCGGUUUCUAAAAGGCCACCUCGGCGUGCACCAUCACCGGGGCAAUGUGACAGAGUUGCAGGAGAAGUUCUUGGAGUUGCUGAUGUUACGCAUGGGCCGAUGAGCAUGGCUGAACUGGAUCGACCGGUUUCUCCAUCAGCACAGGGAGAUAGCAAUCUGGCACCUCGUUUGGACGACCUAUCCCAGAAACAAUACCAAGAGACUCAGCAAGCAAGACUAGCAAAACCUAGAGUCAUCUGUGUGAAACCCAAAUCUGAAAUCACACAGCAGCAAGAUUUCCAAGUAGACAUGGAUCGGACUCAGGUUGAGCCCAAUGUGUACCUUCCAUCGUUGCUUUCAGGGGGGGAAACCAUGCCCCAUUUAAGCUCUCUGCCUGUUCCAGCAAAGAUGUCUGUGAUGGUACCAUCCGCAAAUAUAGACGACCGGAGCUUAAGUCCUAUCCAUGGGAGUUCAGACUCUUCUGGGGCAGAUACAUUUUGAAGUGUGCAUAUGUAUUUGUGUACCCAGACACAUGAGCUGGGAAAGUGGAGUGUUGACAGCUGUUUGUGUGGAAACAAUAUAAGGUGCAGAAAUGGCAUCAACCACAUGUUUUGACAUUGAAUCAGCUCGUUUUUCAUCACCAUAAUCUUUGUACGUGUCUGUGUGUGUGUUUCUUACAUGUGAAUAUGUACUCUAUUUUUUUUAACAAAUUAAAUAUUUUCUUUUUUAAAU